AUGGGGUUUGGACAAUCAUUACCAUCUUUUAAGUUAACGAAUUUAAAAGAGACCGAAGAAGCUUCGUUGCCUGAUACAAUUGUACGUACAAACAAUCGCAUGGUACAGAAUGUUCUACUCGUCUGGCUCGACAGUAACAUAGAUGAAAACACUUCCGAUUGCAAGAAUAGCAUAACGCAGCUACGACGUUUCGUCAAUAACAUCAAUACCUUUACUGAUAUGAACACAUGUCUAGAAUUUCUGCAAAGUAUCACGGAUGAAAAGAUUUGCAUGAUUUGCUCAGGUAUACUCGGUGAAUGUAUGGUUCCAAAAGUGCACGACAUGUCUCAAAUCGAUUCGAUCUUUAUCUUUUGUCACGAUCAAGAACAGCAUGACAAAUGGAUUCAUUCAUGGUCGAAAAUCAAAGGUGUUUUUACUAAUAUUGUUUCAAUUUGUCAUGCAGUUAAAGACGCUGUUCAUCAAUGUGAACGGAAUACGAUGUCCAUGAGUUUUAUAGCUGUAGCUAAAGACACGAGUGAGGAAAAUUUGAAUAGACUCCAUUGCUCGUUUAUGUAUACACAAAUUCUCAAAGAAAUUUUACUGACAAUGACAUUCGAACAGACACAUUUCGAACAAUUUAUCUCGUAUUGUAAAGAACAAUUCGCUGAGAAUCAAUACGAAUUAGUCAAUGUGAACAAAUUCCAGCAAGAAUAUCAUCAACAAACGCCUAUUUGGUGGUACACGUAUGAGUGUUUUCUCUAUUCGAUGCUGAAUCGUGCUCUUCGAACGAUGGACGCGGCAGUUAUUGUCAGUAUGGGUUUUUAUAUUGGUGAUCUUCAUCGUCAGAUUCAAGAACUAUAUAUACAACAGCGCAAUAAACAACAUUUCACUCUCUAUCGUGGUCAAGGUAUGUUAGAAAGUGAUUUUCUGCACUUAUGUCAAGCCAAACAUGGUCUAAUGGCUUUCAAUAAUUUUCUAUCAACUAGUCGAAAUCGAAUGGUGUCUUUAAGUUUUGCUCAGAAAUCUUGUUCAGGUCCAGAGAUGGUUGGUAUUCUUUUCGUCAUGUCGAUCGACCCUACUCAAUCAACAACACCUUUCGCUUCCAUCGAAAACGUCGGGUAUUUCGGUAAUCUCGAAGAUGAAGUUGUCUUCUCUAUGCAUACCAUAUUUCGAAUUGAGAAUAUCGAGCCAUUACCCGAUGAGCGGCGACUCUUUCAAGUGAAUCUAGCAUUGACAAAUGAGAAUGAUAAAGAACUUCAUGUACUGACUGAUCUUAUACGAGAAGAAGUUAGUGGCUCAACAGGUUGGUAUGCAAUAGGAGAACUACUAUGCAAAAUGAGUCAGUUCGGUAAGGCAGAAGAAGUGUACCGAAUCCUUCUGGGUCAUAGCGUUGAUGAGAAUGAAAAGGGAUAUAUUUACGACCAACUUGCAGCAGUGAAAUCUGAUCAAGGAGAAUAUCAAAAAGCGAUUAAACUCUAUGAAAUCGGAUUGAAAAUCAAACAGAAAACUCUUUUUCCACAUCAUCCACAUAUAGCUGCUUCUUAUAAUAACAUGGGAUCAGCAUAUCUCAAAAUAGGCCAGUUUUCAAAAGCAUUUGCCUAUUACGAGAAAGCACUUGACAUUCAACAAUGCUCACUUCCGACAGAUCAUCCAGAUAUAAGUAUGUCUUACAAUAAUCUCGGCGUACUGUAUGAUAAUAUAGGCGAUUAUUCACGCGCACUCUCUUAUUACAACAAAUCUCUUGUCAUCCGACGACAAUCAUUACCUUCAACUCAUCCUUACCUGGCCGAUUGUUAUAACAACAUCGGUAUAGUUUAUCGUAAUAUGAAACAACGCUCAAAAGCUUUGUCGUUUUAUGAAAAAUCACUAACGAUUCGACGACAAUCCUUGCCACCCAACCAUCCUGAUCUGAGUACUUCUUACAACAAUAUCGGUGAACUCUAUUACGAAAUGAAUGAUCCUUCAAAAGCACUCGCCUAUUUUCAGAUUUCCCUAGAUAUUCAACAACAGUCAUUAUCUUCAAAUCAUCCUCAUUUAGGUAUCUCGAACGGUAACAUCGGUUUAGCCUACGAAAAACUUGGCGAUUCCAAGACAGCACUUUUGUACUAUAAAUACGCAGUUGAUAUUGCACGAUCUGCAUUGCCCUCGAACCAUCCGAACCGACGGCAAUGGGAAAAAAAUCUGAAAAACAUCGAAAAGAAUCAGCCAUGA